AGGAGCUGCCUCUGUCACGUGACUACAGGAGUCGCCUUGCUUGUUGCUUCUCAGCGUUCCGUCUCCUUCUAUAGGCUGAGCUCAGACUGGGCUGCUCGAUCACGUGACAUUUUGUAACUGGGCUCGCCGGCUAUAGGAAGAAGGCAGGGCAGGGCAGAGCGCAUUGCAUUGCAUUGCCUUCACAUUGCAUUGCAUUGUAUUGAAGGCGAGAUGGCGGCAGCAGCAGCGGAUCCCGGGAGAUCGCGGGAAGCUGGGGCCCCUCCUCGGAAAGCGGGCACCAGUUCAGAUCAGAUCCUUCAGACAGGAACUGUGCUUCUGAAGGGAUUUAUUUGGGACCGAGUGCAGAGCUGUGGAGACUCUGAACGCAUCCAGGCAACGUUGGCGGAGCUCAAGGAAUCAGAGUCUCGGAUUUGUGACCCUAAGACCAAGCAGUUGAGUGAGUGCCUGCGCCGGAUUGGAGAUGAACUGGACGGAAAUAUGGAGCUGCAAAGUAUGAUAGAACAAGUCCAGGUGUAUCCGCCAAAGGAGGUUUUUUUCAGAGUCGCUGCCGAGAUGUUCUCUGAUGGGACCUUCAAUUGGGGACGAGUGGUAGCUUUGUUCUACUUUGCAUGCAAGUUGGUCCUGAAGGCAGUUUGCACUAAAUUACCAGAGCUCAUAAAGACCAUCAUUAGCUGGACAAUGGAGUACAUCAAAAAUCAUGUCCUGACCUGGAUCCAAGCCCAGGGAGGAUGGGAGGGCCUCCUGUCCUACUUCGGCACCCCGACUUGGCAAACUAUUGCUGUAUUUGCGGCUGGUGUCUUGACUGCCUCGCUCACCUUCUGGAAAAUGUCUUAAUCUUCAGCCCCCUUCGGUGGGGGUGCAUUUUUGUUCCAUGGGAACACAUGGGGGCAGGUUCCCCUGGUUUUCCAAUUCAAGGAUUAAUAUGUACUAAGAUUUUUCUUUCAGUUGUGGGCUGGGGAGAUUUUUCAAGCAAACCAACAAACUCUGAUGCUCUUUAUCUUGGUGCCUUUUUACAGGGAGAAAGCUUGCUCCCUUCUUUUUUUCCCUUCUUGGCUUUGCUUUUGACCAUCUAGCCUCAGGAGCUAGAAGUCAGAAGGCCAUGGAGCUUGUCAUGUCUUUGGAAAGAUUGGGAAAACAAGACAAAGGAUGUGAGAAGGUUGUUCUCGUUUGCUGGAAAAUCAGUUUGCACUGCUGGACUUGAAUGUGGUUUUUGGGAAGAAGACUCCAAGAUUUUUCUUGACCAACACCAGCAGCUCCCCAGCUUUCUCUGUACAUCUGCAUAAAGCAAGUUUUGCCUGUCUUCCUUUAUCUCUUUCUCUUCCUUGAUAUGGAAAAUCUUAGAAGCUGAAUUUGGAGAGAUCUUCAGAAAUGUAGAUCCAGAAUUACUCUGUUUUUGUUUGGAAAGAACUAGAGAGAUUUCAUCUGAGGAAAAGAUAGUACUUUGAAUUUGUCAAUUCAGUCUUUUUGUUUUGUUUUGUUUUUUAAAGCAAGCAACCGAUCAGGACACGAUUGAAUACUGCUGCGAAGUUGAAUUUCAGCAGACACUGUAUUGCAGCUGAGAUUCCUGUGUGUUGUGUUUUGUGCUAUUUUUUAAAGUAACAGUGCAAUUGUAAAAUGGAAAAAUUGAAGCCAUGUUUUCAUUCUAUCAGACCUAUUUGCUUUUCUAGAGAAAUGCUUCGGGGGAGACUAGAGAAAAGAACAAGUGGAUUUCCUGCCCCAGAUUGAGAAAACAGAAGCAUGGCUUUAUGAAAACACUUACUUUCUAAAUGGAACAGAAGACUUCUCCUUCUGCAAGUUUUCUUGCUGGCAUGAAGGAUUCAUCUGCUGUUGAAGAAACUUUCAGCUACCUUGAGACUAGUUAUUUCAGAAUUGGGGGGAGAAAGUAUGUCAGGUUUCCCCCUGUAACUGUGGAAGAGUCUCAUAUCUCACUGUUGUCCUAUUAUCUCUUUUAUUUUACUGAAUGAAUGAAUUCUUCUCCAAGUCUGUUUAGCCUCUCAGCUCAGAAAAAGUAGGCACCAAAUGGUCCUAUCAAUUCCACUGUCCCAAACAAUGCUCCAAUAUGAAAUAUCAAUUAACUACUGUGAUGGGAGAGUUUGGGUAUUUGGAUCAGUUUUUAGAAAGAUGUUGUGUCUUCCUUUCUGUUAUUUUUUUCACGCUGUCUCUGCUUUCUUCCCUUCUUGGCAGCGAUUGAGUAUUGAAACUGCAGAACCAGUCAUCUUCAAUUCACUUCCACACCAAAUGUGAUUCUCCCUUGUAGACACGCACCUUGAAGUGUGCAAAAUUUGUCUGCCUACUGGUGCUUGAGAACUUCCUAACCCAAAGGGUAUGGGGCUUUUGUAUUCAUCUAGUAGCCUCAGAGUGCCAUUGAAGUCUUAAUUUUUCACUCUUCCCAGACAUGCAUUCAAGUGUGUUCUUCUUCUUCUUUUUUUUUUAAUCAUCAUGAUUAUGGAUGAUUGUCUUCCUUGGUUUUCCAGGGCAGGUGGUUCGGGCAGAAACUGGUGUGCCCUAAAUGUAAUAUAGCAUGUUGUUGUUGUUGAGAGAUAUUAAAUGGACUUGGGUCCUGUGUUUUCUUUUUUCCAGAGCCAGAAAGCUCCCACUUUCUGGGGUUCUUUUCUUUGGUAGGUCAUUUUCUGACCCUGAAACUUCCACUCUUGUGGUGUUGUGGACAACUGUAUCUGCCAUCUAUUGUGGAUGCCAUUAUAUGGCUGGGGAUUGGGGUAGUUAGAUGUGCUCAUUUAAAGGAAAUAUAGUGGUUGGCAAGCAGGAAUAGUUGGUCUCUUACAGCAUGAAUUAGCACUAUAAUGCACCAUUUUAUGAUGUUUGGACUGCCGCAUCUGGCAAUGAAGCUUCUGCCUAAUUCAGCAGCCCCAUUUAAAAGGCAGGAAAGUGAUAUCUUGCAGCUGAGAAGGAUCUAUGAGUGAACAGAAUGUUGAAACACAAUUUUUUUUCUGGAUUGUAACUCCAGAUUCCUUGGUCAGUUCCCCACUAUUACCAUUCAGACUGGGAGAUCCUGGGCUGGUGAUCAAAAAAUGUCCAGAAUGGCUCUAGUGGAGUGGUGUUUGAUCAGUGGUCUUCAGACAGUUUGGAUUUGAAGCUCCAGAACCCUUAGGGGCCCACCUACACUGUCACAUAAUGCAGUUUUAUAAUGCAAUUAUGUGACAGUGUAGGUGGGCCUAAGGGUUCUGGAUCUGCAAAUCCAAAAUGUCUGAAGACUGUUGAUCAAACAAUGGUUCUCAACCUGUGGGUCACCAGAUGUUUUGGCCUUCAACUCCCAGAAAUCUGAACUGCUGGUAAAUUGGCUGGGAUUUCUGGAAGUUGUAGGCCAAAACACCCAGGGACCCACAGGUUGAGAACCACUGUUCUGGAGGUGGUUCCAAAAAAAGUGGGAAAGACUUAUAGUUGCUUAUAAAAAAGGCUAGAAGAGGUGGCCUUCAAGAUUUUGUAUUGCAUUUCCCACCAGUUAUAUUUAACAUCAACCGAUGGUGAGGGCUAAUGUAAGUUUCAGUCCAACAACAUUCGGAGGACCAUGUGUUCCUCAUCAUAGCCUUGAAAGUCUUCCCCGAAAAUCUAUGAUACAUCUAUAAAUGUCUCUGCUCUCUGCUGAGUUGGGAUAAUAACACUUAUUAUUAGGAAACCCUCCUAACUUUCCUUUAAAAUUCUGAAUUCCUCGUCUGCUCAUCCAGGCAGAUUGCUUCAGCCAGAUGUUGCAUUGCAAAUUUUUUGAGUAAGACAACGAGAGAAAGGUUGGUGAGCACAAUAUCCAGUGGGUUGCUUGAUGAUAACCAAUUGUACUUGAAUAUUGGAAUGAGACUUUUUUGUUUGUUUCCUCAGGGUUUGGGUUAAAGAGGGAGUGAUGUCAUUAAGGGGUGGACAGGGCAAGCUCCAGUUGUUUCAGAUAAGAGAACUAAAGAAUACUGUAUAUGUCGGUGUGUUGGGAAUGCUGGGCUCGUUAUUAGAAGUCUUUAUAAAAUAGACACGAUUGUUUUUCAGGAUGCCGUGACAUUGGCCUUUGUGAAGUAAAACAAUCGGAAUGAGCAGUUACUGAGCCUGGGGGUGGGAAGGGAGGGCUUUCUCCAGUGUUGGGAGGGUCAGUGUCCUGAAUUUUCAGUGCUUUGUAUGUUCCAAGCUUUGAUCUUACUUUACUUGUCUUCCCAACUUCUUUUCACAUGGGGUUGAUUUAUUGAGCUUGGAUAUUAAGGAAGGUUUUCUACGUCAUUCAUGUGGCAUUAAGUUCUCCCUUCCAAAAACAUUUCCUGAUGUCAUUUGUUUUGUGACAGUUGCAGUGUGAUUUUAAGUGUUAAAAGGUUUAAUUCUAACUCUCUUGACUACCUUCAUUGACACAGUCUGUUUCUGACUCUACAAUCUCUACUCCAUCUGCCUCUCCCACAAAGCACUUGGUGUCCUUUCACACUACACAGUUGUAGCAUUAUGAUUCCACUUUAAUUCUUUCAUAUCCUAGAAUUUGGAAUUGUGAGAAUUAGAAUUCUGAGCCAGAAAGCUAUAGAGCAGGCAUGGGCAAACUUUGGCCCUCCAGGUAUUUUGGAUUUCAACUCCCACAAUUCUACCGGCUGUUAGGAAUUGUGGGAGUUGAAGUCCAGAACACCUGGAGGAAGGCCGAAGUUUGCCCAUGCCUGCUAUGUUCUUCCAGACUACAACUUCCAUGAUUCCAUAAGUUGUUGUCAUAGCAGUUAGAGUGGAACGAUAUGAUAUAAUUGUGUACGGGUGAGAGGGCCCUUGGAUAGCAUUGUGAGUUUGGAAUUUGGUGGUGCUCUCAGGUAACAAAACUGGACAAGCCCAGGUCAGUAAAAAGUAAGACCACCGUGCUAUAUGUAGUGUGAAAGGUCCCCAUCAAUCUACUUCCAGGAAGGGGCUUGUUAUUAUCAGAAGGUAGAAAUUGAUUUUUUUGGACUGAAGCUCCCAGCAUCUCCUAUGUAGCAUGAUUGGGGACGGUGGUCUGCGAGCUGCAAUCCAAAGAAGUAAUUUGCCCAUUGACAAGAGAAAACUGGAGAAAUUAUCAGCCCCUUUAAUGGUUAUAUAGAAGAUGGAAUUUCAGCAAGUGCUGUUUGUAACAAACCGCACCUAAUUAAAUUCCACUUUUUAUACAAACAUUAAAGGUGCAGGAACUCUCUCUAGCUUUUACUUUGGCUGCCCUAUCUCUUGGUGCUUUUUAGGCUGGAGCUACAUUGCCAUAUAAUGCAGUUUAUCAAAGUAGAUAAUCUGGAUUUUAUAUGGCAGUGUAGAUGGGGCCUUAGAACUUCAGGACUAGCACUAUUUUCCCUCUGCCUUCCCUAAAUUUAAUUUCGAAUUGAUCUAGGGCCUUUCUCUAUGGGCUUUUUGGGGGGAGGAUACUUUCAGGAGAACCUAUACGAGCAUCAUAUUUUUAUAUGGGUUUGUCUGCUCCACAGUACCAUUGUCAUCACAUGCCUUCUUUUUCUAGUGGCACCUUUUGAUAGCAUUUUUAUAAAAAAAAAUUAGCAUAGAUUUAACAGCUACAGUCCUGACAACCAUAUGGUGUUUGAUUCUAAACUGUGGGUCCAUCUACUUUGGAGAAUUAAUGCAGUUUGACACCUCUUUGCUUUGAGACGCUGGGAUUUUGUCUGUUUUUGGCAGAAGGCUAAAGGUUUUGUAAAACUAUAACUCUCGUGUUACCAUAGCAUUGAACCUUGGAAAUUAAAGUGGCGUCAAACUGCACUAAUUCUUCAGUGUAGUUGUGCCCUACAACAGGCACAACCCAACACCAAUUUCAUCUGCUGUAUUUGAAGACAGCUGUCUGAAUGGUAAGAUCCCUUCCUAACUAGCUGUUCUAUGCAAUUGUUGUCUCUUUUCUUAUGCAAUACUUUCUAUGCUUUUUUAAAAAAUUAAGUCUACCUUCCUGUUUUAUAAUUUUUUUACAAAACAUGUUUGAUACAUCUUUUAUUACUUGUUUUACUUGUUGAGUUAUAUAAUGUUAAAGAUUUUGCCGGUUGUUUUUAUUGGUGUGUGGACAUUAAAAGAAAAACAGAAUACAA